AAAGGCAAAAAAUAAAAAUAAAAAACCUAGAGAGAGAAAGCUAGAGAGAGAGAGUGAGAAGCACUUUACCACUUUUAUAUGUUGCACGCAUCCAUAGCAGGGAAGAGAAGGAAGCCCAAAGAAGGUACUUCAACAACAGAGAGAGAGAAAACAAAUCCACAAGCAAACUCAUUCAUUCAUCAUCUUCAUUCAACACAAGAACAUCAACAACAAAGAAGAAACAAAGAAAGAAAGGAUUUGAGUUUCAGGUUUCUCAAAAGAAAGAGAAAAAAGAUCUCGACGUUCAAUCUCCCAUUUUUGAGUUCUAAACUGGAGGAUUUGUUCAAGAAGCUUUGUAGGUUGUUCGUAUGAUUAUUGCUUGUGGGUUUUUGCUAGAUGAAGGCCAUGCCCUUACCUUUCCCUUUUGAUGAGCUUCGUCCAAAUGGGGUUUUGAAUUUCACUUCUGUUUCUGAUUCUUCACCGCCGCAGCCGCCGACGUCCACCACUUUGCUCCGUCGUCACAACCAUUGGAGUUGUACUGAUAAUACCAAUCUGCUCAAAGAGAUUUGCUAUGUGGGUGCUGCUGAACCCACCUCUGUUCUCGACACUAGAAGAAGCCCAAGCCCUCCCACUUCCACUUCCACACUGUCUUCCUCUCUCGGCGGCUGCGGCGGCGGCGGUGGUGGUACUGCCUCCACCGACACUACCGUGGCGGCGCCGCCGUCUUCUCUCCCCGAAAACCCUUCUCCUUUAGACAAAUGCGGCGGCGGUGGUAGCCUUGGAAUUGAUGAUUGGGAGAGCGUUUUGCCGGAAUCUCCUGGUCAAGGUCCGUCCAUUCUUGGGUUAAUUAUGGGAGAUGUUGAAGACCCAUCUCUCGGAUUGAAUAAGCUCCUGCAGAGCGGUGGUGGAGGUGGCGGUGGCGGCGGCGGUUCUCAUCUGGACUUGGAAUUUUCUGCGGGUUUUACCGCCGUUGAUCAUGGGCUGGUCUUUGAACCCAAUAGUCUCAGCGGGGAAUCCAUUGUAGACCCAUCUCUUCAAGGCCCAUCUUGCUCAGAUUUCCACAAUGCUAGACUUGCGGCGGCUGUGUCGAACUCAAACGCCAUGUUUUCCGGUGUGUUUCAGAAUCAAAAUCAGAUGGUGGAAGGCGUUGACGAGAAGCCACAGAUUUUCAGUUCUUCCCAAGUUGUGAUGAAUCAAAAUCAAGCCCAGUUCACUCAGAAUCCAGCUCUGUUUAUGCCUCUUCCUUAUGCUUCCCCUGUUCAAGAGCACCAUCAGAACCACCACCACCACCUCCUCGGUGGUGCACCGCCUGCAAAACGGUUCAAUUCCGGUUCGAUUGGGCCAAAUUAUCCCGUGAAAUCCCCAUUUCUAGAUUCGGGUCAAGAGAAUUUCAGCCGUAGACAGCAACAACAACAACAGCCCCAUCAAGUUCAGUUGUUUCCCCAUCAUUCCCAUCAUCACAACGUUCCUCAGCAGCAACAGAGGCCAUCCAUGGCGGCCUUAGCAAAACAGAAAAUGGUGAAUGAAGAUAUAGCGAAUCAACAGCUUCAACAGGGCAUUUCCGACCAGCUAUUCAAGGCCGUAGAGCUGAUCGAAACAGGCAAUUCAGUUCUCGCGCAAGGGAUAUUGGCGCGGCUCAAUCACCAGCUCUCUUCCCCCAUUGGGAAGCCCUUUCAAAGGGCUGCUUUUUAUUUCAAGGAGGCCUUGCAAUUGCUCCUUCAAAACCCUUCCAACCAUCCUUCUUCCAAUCCCAAUCCUUCCCCAUUCACUAUCAUUUUCAAAAUCGCUGCUUACAAAUCCUUCUCCGAAGUCUCCCCUGUUCUUCAAUUCGCCAAUUUCACCUCUAACCAAGCUCUCCUCGAAGCCUUCAACGGCUUCGAUCGUAUUCACAUCAUCGAUUUCGACAUCGGCUACGGCGGUCAAUGGGCUUCUCUAAUGCAAGAACUUGCUUUAAGAAGCAGCACCACUGGAGGAGGACCCCCAUUUCUUAGAAUCACUGCUUUUGCUUCUACUUCCACACACGAUGAUUUCGAACUCGGUUUCACUCAAGAAAAUCUCAAGAAUUUCGCGAACGAUCUCAACAUUGGAUUCGAACUCGAAGUCGUAAAUGUAGAGUGUUUGAAUUCUGGGUCUUGGCCUCUACCACUCAAUGUCUCUGAAAAUGAAGCAAUUGCUGUGAAUCUCCCUGUUGGUUCAUUCUUCAAUUACUCACUUUCAUUGCCAAUGAUUCUCCGUUUCGUCAAACAUCUUAACCCAAAAAUUGUAGUGUCUGUUGAUCGAGGAUGUAGCCGAAUGGAUGCGCCAUUCCCACACCGUGUAAUCAAUGCUCUUCAUUCAUACUCUGCUUUGCUUGAAUCAAUGGAAGCUGUAACUGUGAAUAUGGAUACACAAUUGAAAAUCGAAAGGUACUUAGUUCAACCAUGUAUCGAAAAAGUGGUGACGAAUCCUCAAAGUUCGAACGAAAGGGCGGCGCCAUGGAAAUCGGUGUUUUUAUCAUCUGGGUUUUGUCCAUUGACAUUCAGUAACUUCACAGAAUCACAAGCGGAGUGUUUGCUGCAGAGGACGCCGGUUCAAGGAUUUCAUAUUGACAAGAGACAUUCAUCGCUUGUUCUAUGCUGGCAUAGGAAGGAGCUUGUUUCAAUCUCUGCUUGGAGGUCUUGAAUUUUUCCAUUUUUCUGCAAUUUUACUUCUCUCAAUCAACAUCAAAAUUUAUAAUUGUGGGGUUUUUUUCUUCUUCUUCUUCCUUUUUUUUUUUUUUUUUUCUCUUUGGGGUUAUCUAUUUUCAUGUUGUUCUUCAACUAUGCUAAUUGUCUAUGUGCCAUAGGCCAACACAAAAACUGAUCUAUUUUAAGUGAACUUCAAUCUCCUCUUCUUCUUCU